AUGGGUCUCAGGCCCCAGCUAGCUGCCAUCCUGCUCUGCCUUCUAGCAUGUACCGGGAACUGGACCCACGGAUGCCACAACGGAGCCUUGAAAGAGAUCAUCCACAUUUUGAACCAGGUCACAUUAAAAGGGACACCAUGCACCGAGAUGGUCGUACCAGAUGUCCUUUCAGCAAGGAAGAACUCUACAGAGAAAGACCUCAUCUGCAAGGCUUCCCAGGUGCUUCGCAAAUUUUAUUUCCCAGGUGAGGUGACUCUGUGCUUGAAGAACAAUUCCAGGGUUCUCAAAGACCUGAGAAAACUCUUCAGGGGCAUCAGUGGCCUGUUUCCAGAGAAGAGCUGCAGUGUGAAUGAGUCCACGUACACAACACUGAGAGACUUCUUGGAAAGCCUAAUAAGGAUCAUGCGAAAGAAAUACUGGCAGUGUGGAAGUUCUGCGUUUUAA